UUUCUCAUUUUCUACCGGAAGUCGUGAAAUUUGACAUUUUUAAAAUCUACUGAUUUAUUGAUUUAAAGCGAUCAUGUCUCCAGAAAAUGGAAUUUCAAGGCCCGAAAUAAUAGCAAAGAUUAUAUCUACUCUAUUGGGUCUAACCCUAUCGUUUGGUGUUUCAUAUUUUGCACUGAAAUGGCUAGGGGACAAAAUGGACCCAACUCAUAAAGAAAAGAAAGAGCAGAAGAAACAGGCUGAGAAGGUGCUCCAUAUGAUUGGUGUUAGAGAUAUUAAGUUGUCUGAUUAUGAGCUGUGUAUUGCCUCUAACCUAGUUGACCCACUAAGCAUGGUGACAUCAUGGGAUGACAUCGGAGGCCUAGAUGACAUCAUACAAGAGAUCAAAGAGACUGUCAUAUGGCCAUUUCAGAGACAAGAUUUAUUCAGAAGCUCUCAGCUAUUACAGCCUCCUAAAGGUGUAUUACUCUAUGGUCCACCUGGCUGUGGGAAAACAAUGAUUGCAAGAGCCAUGGCCAAGGCAGCAGAUGCCAGGUUCAUCAACCUUCAAGUGUCUUCUCUUGUUGACAAAUGGUAUGGAGAGUCACAGAAAAGAGCUGAGGCUGUCUUUUCUCUGGCCAUUAAGCUGCAGCCGACAAUUAUAUUCAUUGAUGAAAUAGAUUCUUUCCUGAGAUCCCGUAAUUCCUCAGACCAUGAGGCGACAUUAAUGAUAAAGACGCAGUUCAUGAGCUUUUGGGAUGGGCUGAUCACUGAUAACAAAUGUCGCGUCAUGAUAAUUGGCGCCACUAACAGACCACAUGAUGUGGAUGAUGCAAUACUCAGGCGGAUGCCAAGUAUGUUCAAUAUAGGACUUCCAAAUGCAGUCCAAAGGGCUAGAAUAUUGAAACUCAUCUUAGAAGAGGAAAAUGUAUCCGGAGAUGUAGAACUAGACAAAAUAGCUGUGCAAUGUGAUGGUCUGUCGGGUAGCGAUCUGAGGGAACUCUGUCGUCAAGCAGCCAUCUUGAGAGUGCGGGAACACAUUAAUAACGAAAUGGAUGAAAAUGGCGAUGAAAGUUUUCAUGAUGCGACACAGGAGGUCGAGCUUAGAUCAAUAUCAAUGUUGGACAUGACACACGGACUAAAGAAACUGCUAGAGACUAAACUUAAACCAGGAUUCCCACAGCAGAUAUCAUUGGACUAAAAUCAACUCGUCAAAUUUGCUGGAGAUAUUGCAGAGUGCUUCAUAUGGAAUUAUUAUCAAUGCUAGAUACUUGUAUGAGGAGUGCAAAUGAAAUGAUAGACUUAAUGCAGACACCGAUUUAUAGACCUAGCAUAUAGUUUCCACUGCAGCUCAGAGCAUUGAUGAUGUCUUAAACGGCUGACAAAACCAUCUAACAUAUGUAUAUAAUUGUACAUGUACUUGCUUAAAAUGAUUGUAUAUGUAUAUGAUGUAUAUAAUUGUACAUGUGUAUGAUAUA